AUGAAAUAUAGUAAUUUACCAAUAGAAGCAAAUUCUCGAUGUUCACCAUAUUAUACACUUCUAAAACAAUCAAUUCCAAAUAUAACAUAUUUAGAAACAUUAGAUAAUAUAGAUCAAGCUAAGAAUUUUUUUUGUAAGAAGAUUAAAGGUUAUGAGAAAAUUGAAAGAAUUGGACGAUAUCCAGCUAUCUAUUAUUUUGGUAAAAGCUUUGGAUCGACAAUAUUAACAACAUUUUUUACUUUAUUUGGAAUUAUUGCUGAAGAUGAAUUACCAGAUCGAGGAUAUGAACUUGUUUCAUUAAUAUGUGAAAAACCUAAUAAAAAUUAUUAUGCAUCAGGUUUUGAUUUAUUUUCAUCAAAUCUUGGUUUUGUGAUUUUUGAUCUGUUUACAUUUAUUUGUGUGACAGUUCUUAUUAAUACUUUAAUUGCUAUGAUGGGAAAAACCAUUGAUAUAAUUGAUGAUCGAGCUGAUGUUGAAUGGAAAUUUGCUCGUUCAAGACUUUAUAUGGAAUAUAUACGAGAUGGUAAAAAAAGCGAGAGUUCUUUUUUUUCUAACAUAAAUUUUCUUUGA